CACCAACGGUCACGUUCCCAUGGACGAGGCAUAUUAGUUCUGCAAGUCGCAGUGCUGCAUGCAGAACACGCGGGUUGGCAACGCCAAAAUAGAAACUGCCCCAAUUUCCUCCAGAGGGGUCCGUGGUGGUAUAUAUAAGGUUUGUUGAUUGACGAUGCAAUUGGUCUUUCACCAUACUCUAUUGGACACUACUAGUACUUACGGAUGCUACCUUCAAUAUCGAAGCCUUCUGCUUUCUAUUGAUGCCACUAUUGAAAUCGAUCAACUCUUGGCGUACUUGGCGGCUCCGUUGCGAGCGCAACCCAUGUUCAAACUUCAGCCGCCAACACGGCAAACGAGGACUCUAUGUUGAUGAGCACAUAUGAUUCCCGGCCCCCUUUCCCAUCGAUCAAACAAACAUCAACCCUCGGCCCGACGUUCUCGGUCAUGUCGUUCGAUUGCGGCUCCCUCAACGUCACAGAAUGUCUUGUGCAGGCCGCAGACCGCAUCGUCGCCGAGGUCAGACGGGGCAACGAUGAGUUCAACUGGGACCCCUUGAGCUUCGCCGUGACAGCCAUCAUCAGCAUGGUCGCCCUCCUGUUCGCCGGCCUCACCAUCGUCCAGGGAUUCCUCACAUUGGGUCCCGGUAGGCACAAGUGCAGCGAGUAUGCCAUUGGCUCCUGGGCGCAGUACUCGACGCAUCGCUGGAACAUGUCGGAGCUGCGCUUUAGAUCCGAGGCGUACACCCCGAUCCUGGACUGCGGCAAACUCGUCUUUGAUGCAUUGACACAUACUAGUAGGCGGCAACAGGACCAGGACUCCAAUGCCAGUGCAAGGCCAGAUGGGGGUCAAGGGAGGAUCAGCCUGGUCCAGAAGGAAGCGUACGAGUACUACCCAGCCACCUGGCUUGCCUUCCUGACGAUUCUCGGCCUGGACCACCCGCACUACUUUGACAUGAAGGUCUCGGGACCCGAUUACAUGCCGUCAGACCUGACCGCUGCGCCCGCGUACGCUUCCGUCCGGGACAUGUACACUCUGUGCGCCAUGCUGGGAGCGGAGGGGCACCGGCUGCGGAUAGGAGCGCAGGAAGGAGGCGGGCCGCCCUCGAUGCACAGCGGGACUUUUGACCUCAACUUCCGACAGCAUCCCCUUCUAGGCACCUACGGCGUCGUGCAGACGUAUGGGGCGCUGGGGGCCCGUGGCAGCCACGUGGGAACACCCAAGCAGCGCUCGGACCAGCAUCUCUUGAGACUCAGUCUCCAAGGGCGGAUGACAGGUGUAAAAUCUAUGCACUUCUACCGGGAUGAAACGGCGCAGGCGGCCAUCUUGCUGGCCAAUGGGUACAUCCCUCAACACAAACUGAUUGGCAAUCAGGUGAUCCUCAUUAAAGCGCACUGCACGCGUCCACUCUCCGAUAUACAGCAUCAAGGUCGGCACUGGAGAGCGCAUGCCCUGGAUCGACUCAGCAGGGCGAUUGAAAGGUCGCAUAGCGAUGCAGGCUUGACGGAGCUCGAGUGCUGCCCUAGCUCCGAUGUCCCAUGGCCGAGGUGGUGCACCAUGCCCAUGUCCUUUUCCGAGGCGUCCGCGUUGAUCAACAUGGACGUGUUCCAGGGCGGUUUGCACCUCCUUGGGGCCUCGACCACAAAUCAUCUCACGCCAAAGCUAUUUCCGAUUCGGACAAUGGACAUUGGCAUGAGACUGCUGGGGCUGAUUUCGCUGAGUCGUCUGUGGUCUCUGGAGCAGACAGCCCCUGCUCAAGACUCCGACCCCGACGCGCCGCCGCACUUGUUGCGCUUGGUCGCGAUGCCUUUAGAUCGUCCGGGUAGCGAGGAUGAGCACAAGACCCCACGAGAAGGGGAUAUCUUCUUUUCCGAUCCUGACGUAUUCGCCUUGAGUCGCAAAUACAUCAAGAGAAGAGGAUGGCAGGAUCCAUUGUGGGAAUUGACCAGAGACAAAACGACCACUCUUCAAAAAGAGCUUGACAGGAUCGAUAGGUGGCUUGGAAUCGACGAGCAUGCAUCUCGCGCUUCACGGAGAGCGGUGGCGUGCAGGUGGCUCUCGCUUAGCUGCACCGCGGCAGCCUGCUGGAAGGUGUCUCCAGCUGACAUGAGCCUUCGAAGUCGAUGCCCAUGGCUGAAGAUUUCCAAGACACCGAGGCGUGGUCGUGUCGACCCGGCGGAGUUGCGGUACAUUACGCCAGAGGUGCGGUCAAACGUCGAGCGCCUCCUUGACGACACGACCAGGUUUUGUGACUGGUUCCCGUCACAUGCAAGGCAUAUUGUGCAGGAAAACCUCUACGGUGCGGCAGACGAUAUUCUAGGUCCGUGCAGGGGAGCGCCAGAGGAGCAGGAAGUAUUUGACUCGCUGGUCCGUGAGCUGCGCAAGUUUGGACAGCUGUGGACUGCAGAUGCGGAUGCAGAGCAGCACCCGUUGGACAACCUGCUCAUCUACCGUGCUAUUUUAGUUGCAAUGCGUCUGAGCCUUGCAACGGAUAACAGUUCGCUCGUGGAUAAUGAGGCAUACUUGAGACUGGUGCCUAUUCUUUAGGGUUUCUAUGAAGCCUUAUAGGAAAUAUAAACUAAACUAUAGUGCCUUUGAUAAUACACAAGUCUACUAAAACAAAACAAGUUUAAUGUUUAAAAAUAAGUUAUAUAUUAUUACUAAUAGUAUUCUAUCCGCUCUUAUAGUUGGUCAACCCGCUGUCGUCCGAGGGAAAGCACGGUGCACCUGGUUCUGCU